AUGGCUUCAACCUUGUCCGCUAGUAGUAGUAGCAGCAGUAGUAGUAAUGACAACACCUACGUCGACUUCCUCCAGCAGGCCAAGCGCAACUUCUGGAUGAGCAACGCCCACCUCACCGAGGAGGAGCGGAAUCACGCCUGGUUCCAGCUCGCCUGCCAGCCCACAUCAGCCUCUGCGGCCGAACAAAUACCACGCUCAAUGCCCUGCCCCGCAUCAGACGUGACCCAAUUCUCAAUGUCUGUCUCGGCCCCGGUCAUGAACCGCUCAGAUUCGGCCAUGAACGACCCCUCAACUGGCGCCUAUACCGACUACACCCUCUACUCAGACUCGUCGAUGCAGAGGCAGCCCAGUCUGUACUCGCUGCCAGAAACUGGCUGUGACGGUGCCAUUGCCGAGUACAGCGUUGACGACUAUGUCAGCAGCUGCAUUCAGCCCCAUGACGCCUCCACCUUCCCCUUUCCCCAGCAUUCGCAACAGUUGCAACUGACACCUACCCCACAGUGGAGCUCAUCGUCCGAUGUCUCUUCGCCCCAAACUCCGUCAACUGCUCUGAUGACGCCUGUUACUCAAUCCAGUAACAUGAGUCGUCAGGGUAGUUACAACCCUCUGUUUUUUGAUCAAGUUUCCAUGUUGCGUGUUCAGUCUGAUUCUUCAUGUACCAUGCCCAUCCUCUCAGAGGAUGGGACUUUUCCUUAUUCCUUUGAUGUCGAAUCAAAACCCAUCAGCGAGUCCGCUGGUGUGUCUCCUUUUCUCUCCUUCACUGGCUCCUCCAGUGAAGCUUUCCUUUCUUCUUCUUCUGCUUCUUUGUCUUGUUCUUCUUCGCUUCCCGCAAGUGUGCCUGCACUUGCCUCUUCCGACAUCACCCUCUUCAACAACAACGACCAGUCGUGCCUGGCGGAGGAUAUGCGGAGGUCGACUUCAGCCGCGUCUAGCCUGGGUAACUCGAGCGAGGUGUCUGCAUCCUCGUCGACGAACUCUCGCCAGUCGCAACGCGAGCGCGAGAUCAUCGCACAAGCUGCGUCUCGCAAGAUUGCUCCAAAAACAAUUGACAACCUCGAUGAGACCGAGUCUGCGUCGUCCAAUGCUCAGACGACAAGGAUUCGGUCAGAGGAUGGCUCGUCCAAAACUGUUGGUGUCAUAGCUAAAACGCCCUAUGUGCGACCCCAGCAUCCAAAGAUCAAGUGUAACUUUUGCAACGAGCGACCCGAUGGGUUCCGUGGCACUCACGAACUCGAUCGUCAUAUUGCUCGUGCCCAUGCCUCGCGUAGGAAGGGCUACAUCUGCGUCGACUCAUCAGCGGACCAGAAGUUUCUUGCCAACUGUAAACACUGCCGUAACAAGAAGGUAUACGGUGCCUACUACAACGCUGCUGCCCAUCUUCGCCGUGCCCACUUCCAUCCCCGCAAGCGGGGCAGGAAGGGUCGCAGUGACGAGAAGCGCGGUGGUAUUGGUGGUGGUGAUCACCCUCCCAUGGAGUACCUGAAGCAAAACUGGAUCAAAGAGGUGGAAGUCGAGAACAAGCCCACUCCUCAAUCCCCCGCCGACAACUCGGACAACGACAUGCCCGAGCCCAUCGACAACAACGCCUCUUUCGACCUCACCAGCACAGCCGCCAUCGCUGUUCCCGCUCCCGCCACCACAGCCUCGUACACUCUCGACCCCACUGUUGCUGCCCAGUACCCUGUAUCGCAACAGCCUCUGCCCAUGCCACUGAUCAACCAAGUCCCUGUAGAUCCAAAUCAGUUUGUGGACUACAGUAUGACUAUGCAUGCAAGUGAGCCUAUGGUGUUCGAUAACACGGCCUUUUUCGACCCCAGCCUUGCCGCCCAACCCGACAUGAACAACUUUCAGUUCGACACGUACAACAUGGGUUCUUAG